AUGGCAUCCUCCCUGCUCGAGGAGGAAGCGCACUAUGGCUCCAGCCCCCUGGCUAUGCUGACUGCAGCGUGCAGCAAAUUCGGAGGCUCCAGCCCUCUGCGGGACUCCACCACACUGAGCAAAGUAGGAGCAAAGAAGCCAUACUCUGUGGGCAGUGACCUUUCAGCCCCCAAAGCCAUGGGGGAUGCCUACCCAGCCCCCUUCUCCAACACCAAUGGGCUCCUCUCACCUGCAGGCAGCCCUCCAGUGCCCACCACCUCGGGCUAUGCCAAUGACUACCCUCCCUUUUCCCACUCCUUCCCUGGGUCUACCAGCACCCAGGAUCCUGGGCUCCUUGUGCCCAAAGGGCACAGCUCUUCUGACUGCCUGCCCAGUGUCUACACCUCCCUGGACAUGGCGCACCCCUACGGCUCCUGGUACAAGGCGGGCAUCCAUGCGGGCAUCUCACCAGGCCCAGGCAAUGCUCCCAGUCCUUGGUGGGAUAUGCACCCUGGAGGCAACUGGUUGGGUGGUGGUCAGGGCCAGGGUGAUGGGUUGCAAGGGACGCUGCCCACAGGCCCUGCUCAGUCUCCACUGAACCCCCAGCUGCCCACCUACCCUUCUGACUUUGCCCCCCUGAAUCCAGCCCCCUACCCAACUCCCCAUCUCCUGCAGCCAGGGCCACAGCAUGUCCUGCCCCAAGAUGUCUAUAAACCCAAGGCAGUGGGCAAUAGUGGGCAGCUGGAGGGGGGUGGCGGCGCCAAGGCUCCGAGGGGUGCAGGCACCGGGGGAAGUGGUGGCUAUGGGGGUAGUGGGGCAGGGCGCUCCUCCUGUGACUGCCCCAACUGCCAGGAGCUAGAGCGGCUGGGGGCAGCUGCGGCUGGGCUGCGGAAGAAGUCCAUUCACAGCUGCCACAUCCCCGGCUGCGGCAAAGUGUACGGCAAGGCCUCGCACUUGAAGGCCCACCUGCGCUGGCACACGGGGGAGAGACCCUUUGUCUGCAACUGGCUCUUCUGCGGCAAGAGGUUCACUCGUUCCGACGAGCUGGAGCGUCACGUGCGCACUCACACCCGGGAGAAGAAGUUCACCUGUCUGCUCUGCUCCAAGCGCUUUACCCGGAGCGACCACCUGAGCAAACACCAGCGCACUCAUGGCGAGCCAGGCCCUGGGCCCCCUCCCAGCGGCCCCAAGGAGUUGGGGGAGACCCGCAGCGCCGAGGAAGAGGAGGCCAGUCAGACCCCUAGACCUUCCACCUCCCCUGCACCCCCUGAAAAAGCCCCCGGGGGCAGCCCGGAGCAAAGCAAUCUGCUGGAGAUCUGAGCUCGGGUAGGGUCUCCCUGCUCAGAGCUGUCUUGCCAGCCUCCCCUGGCCCCGUGGACCACUGCUUGCCCUCACAUCCCUUGCCCCCUGCAUGCCGCUCCAUUCCGUGGGGCUUUCACCAUCUCUCUCCUGGCCACCCUGAGCCAGGAGUGUCUCCCAGCAUGCCUCAUCUCACCGCCUCCCUUGCCAUAAGCCUGGCUUUCUGCAAACUCUCAUGCCAGGCCCUAGACGCCUGUGCCUGGUCCCUACACUCUUGCUUUCUCACGCUGGCUCACAGCUCCUCCCUCUCCCGCUCGCUCCUGCCACACCAUCACCAUCGCCACCGCCACCUCCAUUCUCUUCCAUUUGGGCUCCCAAUUCCGAAUUUCUCCAUCUCAAGAACAACUCCUUGACAGGAAUCCUUGCUGACCCCCAAGUUAUUUAUCUCUGGCCUUUCCUCAGUUUCCAGGCUCCCUUCUCUCAAAUUCCCACUCCGCCGCUUUCCCCUCUCGAGCUUUCCUCCUCUCUGCAAACACGAUGAUAAUGACGAUAAUUUAUUGCCCCCUGGUGGCCCCUUCCUUCACUAGGGACCAGAGUUAGGGGCACUGGGGUUAGUGACCUGGCAGGAAGCAGGGUGCCAUGAUGGGGGCAGACCAGUGGGGAUCUGAUCCCAAAGAUGGGGUGACCCCAGGGUCAGGGAGGCUGCCCCCAGGCCUGU